GUGAAACGCUUGCUCAUGCCGUCUCUGUGCAGUUGGCUACCCUGGCGGCGCUAUUCUCCCCGUGUUCGACGCCAUCUACAACUCCCAGCACUUCAACUUCGUCCUCCCGCGGCACGAGCAAGGAGCAGGCCAUAUGGCUGAGGGCUAUGCUCGCGCCUCGGGAAAGCCCGGCGUUGUGUUGGUGACAUCGGGUCCUGGUGCCACAAACGUUGUCACACCCAUGGCGGAUGCCCUCGCUGACGGCACGCCAAUGGUUGUUUUCAGCGGUCAGGUUGUCACCUCUGCGAUUGGCAGCGAUGCCUUCCAAGAAGCCGACGUGAUCGGCAUCUCGCGGUCUUGCACAAAGUGGAAUGUUAUGGUCAAGAGUGUUGCAGAGCUGCCUCGGCGAAUCAACGAGGCUUUCGAGAUUGCUACAAGCGGGAGACCCGGCCCCGUUCUCGUUGACCUCCCGAAAGACAUCACGGCUGGUGUCUUGAGGAGAGCCAUUCCCACCGACGCCGCCAUUCCAACCAUUCCCAGCGCCGCAUCACGCGCUGCCCUCGAGUUGACCAAGAAGCAGCUGGACGCCUCGAUCCGCCGCGUUGCGCACCUCAUCAAUAUCGCCAAGAAACCCGUCAUCUAUGCAGGCCAGGGUGUUGUCUGCUCAGAGCGUGGCCCCGAAAUGCUGAGGGCUCUGGCGGACAAGGCCUCCCUUCCCGUCACAACCUCCCUCCAUGGCCUCGGCGCUUUCGACGAGCUGGACGAGAAGUCGCUGCACAUGCUUGGCAUGCACGGCGCGGCCUAUGCUAACAUGGCGAUGCAGGAGGCUGAUCUCAUUAUUGCACUUGGCGGUCGCUUUGAUGACCGCGUGACUGGUAGCGUCGCCAAGUUCGCUCCGGCCGCUAAAGCCGCAGCUAAGGAGGGACGUGGUGGCAUCGUGCACUUUGAGAUCAUGCCAAAGAACAUCAACAAGGUUGUGCAAGCGACUGAGGCCAUUGAGGGCGACGUCGGCGCGAAUCUUGAAAUGCUCAUCCCUCAGGUCGAGGCCAAGUCGAUGGCAGACCGGCAUGAGUGGUUUGACCAGAUCAAAGAGUGGAAGAAGAGGUGGCCUCUGUCGGACUUCGAACGCUCCGAGCGCUCGGGUCUGAUCAAGCCCCAGGCGCUGAUUGAGGAGCUGAGCAAUUUGACGGCGGACCGGAAGGAGAGCACAUACAUUACCACCGGCGUUGGCCAGCAUCAGAUGUGGGCAGCUCAGCACUUCCGCUGGCGGCAACCCCGGACCAUGAUCACUUCCGGCGGUCUGGGAACCAUGGGCUACGGUCUGCCGGCAGCUAUCGGGGCCAAGGUCGCGAGACCCGAGGCCUUGGUGAUUGACAUUGACGGUGAUGCCUCCUUCUGCAUGACUCUGACGGAACUUUCCACGGCGGCACAGUUCAACAUUGGCGUGAAAGUCAUUGUUCUGAACAACGAGGAACAAGGCAUGGUCACUCAAUGGCAAAACCUGUUCUACGAAGACCGCUACUCUCAUACCCACCAGAAGAACCCAGACUUCCUGAAGCUGGCGGAUGCUAUGGGUGUGCAAAGCAGGCGCCUGAUUAAACCGGAGGAGACAACGGAAGCUCUCAAGUGGCUCAUUGAAUCCGAUGGGCCGGCCCUGCUCGAGGUGGUAACGGACAAGAAGGUGCCCGUCCUUCCUAUGGUGCCCGCCGGGUCCGCCCUGCACGAGUUCAUCACUUGGGAUAGUGAAAAGGAUAAGAAGAGGCGGGAGAUAAUGCGUGCGCGCACAUGCGGUCUGCACGGUUAAUCGGCAAGAAGGCAGCUUUGGACGACCCUUGACACUUCUCGCUAUGUGUUUAGUUGAGAAUCAUGCCUUGCAUCAUAUGGGAGACGGCGACAACCCUGGUUUGGCGAUCAAGCCAACAUACAAAAUAACGCAUCAUCGGGCAGGGAAAAAGUGCGGUUGCGGGUCCAGAUUUGGAUCUGAUUUUACAUGCUUUGUUGGGGGAGGAGCCCUGGCUGGGUUCCGCGAAUUGUUUCGUCCCGUUAUACUCCGUAUCGGGAUGCUGUACAUAUUGGGUGAAUGGAUACCACAGAAGUUCUUUGUUCGUUUUUAUCUUGAGAAAUUUGCGUCGUUCGUUUUGACUCAAGCUCGGUACAUACUUGCCGUUUCGAACUUGCUCCCGGACCCGGCCGGGUGAGACUGAGCUUGCACAAAAGCUUCUGUUGGUUUGUCUGACAGUCUGACUGCAUAUGUCGAU